CCCUGCUGAUUUAAUUGUACAUUGCUGCUAAAAUUCACGCGUUCAUAGUACAGCUAUAUGGUACAGUGAUAAGGCGUUAUAGAUAUAUAUCUUGGAUAAAUUGAGCAUUUCUGAAUACAGAGAGUCCAACCUGUCCCCUGUAACGCAAAAAAUGGUUUAUAUUUGGCAGUUAUAGGUAACAGUUUAUUACGACCAAUUGAAAUAUAUUAUUCAAAAAAUGGAUCAAUUAAUUCUUGAUGAACGAAGAAGAUUUGGAUUUUUUGAACCCGAUUCCUUAUCAGUUUGAACCGGAGCUGACUGAAGAGCAGAUUUUUCAGCGAGAACAAACUUUGGCUGAAUAUGUUCCACAAGGCAGUUCUAUUCCAGUACGAACUCGAAGUAACAGCUUGUCACCGGUGGUGCUCUUGUGGAAAAUGUGCUAUCAUGCCAACGGAAGAAGAAAGCAUAUGUUGUCACGAAAUAGAUAUACUAAUGGAGAAUUUACAAUCUGUCUUUAAAACCUACAACGAUUGUGUGACUGAUUUGGAAGACUUUCUUGCACAUAUAAACCGAGCGGUCUUAAAAACUUUUUUUCUUUCUAACCGAAAAAAAUGGAAGAAAAAUAACAAGCCGAAAGGAGAGAAUGGUGACCUAAGCAAUGAACAAUUUCGUUUUGUUGCAUACCGUCAUAUUUUGGAAUGGAUAUUAAAAGAAGAGCCAUUGGGCAGUGGUAACCGGAUGAUUUUGCCAUCUUGUAUGGUGAUGACAGUACGCUCAAUGUACUCUAGUAACGAUGGAUCUUACACCGGAUUUAAAUGGCCAGAUUUUUCACAGAAAAAUGUUUUUCUUAUAAAACGAAAUUAUCAAUCACAAUUUUAAUGCAUGUCUAAUC